AUGAGGAAGAUGCUGGCUGCUGCUGUCUCUAGCGUGCUGUCUGUUGUCAUCCAGAAGCCCGCUAACAGGGUGCUUGUGGCAUCCUGUAACUAUUCAAAUGAUGCUACAUUUGAGAUUAAGAAAUGUGAUCUUUAUCGGUUGGAAGAGGGUGCCCCUGUCACCGCAGUGCUCACCCGGGAGGAUGGACUCAAAUACUACAGGAUGAUGCAGAACAUUUGUCGAAUGGAAUUGAAGGCGGAUCAGUUGUAAAAACAGAAAUUUAUUCGUGGUUUCUGUCACUUGUGUGAUGGUCAGGAAGCUUGUUGUGUGGGUCUUGAGGCUGGGCUAAAUCCCACAGAUCAUGUUAUUGCAUCCUUUCAGGCUCACGUCAUGUGUACUUGUGGACUUUCUGUCCCAUCAAUUCUAGCAGAGCUGACAGGUCGAAGAGGUGGCUGUGUUGAAGGAGAAGGAGGGUCAAUGCAUAUGUAUGCCAAUAACUUCUAUGGAGGCAAUGGCACUGUUGGCGCUCAGGGACUGCUGGGAGCUGCUUAUAAUAUGACAGCUGUGUGGAAUUUACCUUGUAUUUUCAUCUGUGAGAAUAACCGCUAUGGAAUGGGAAUAUCUGUUGAGAGAGCUGCAGCCAACACUGAUUACUACAAGAGAGGCAGUUUCAUCCCUGGCCUAAAGGUAGAUGGAAUGGAGGUUCUGUGUGUUUGGGAGGCAACUAAGGUUGCAGCUGACUAUUGUAGAUCUGGAAAGGGGCCCAUACUGAUGGAGCUGCUGACAUACCAUUAUUAUGGACACAGUAUGAGUCACCCUGGAAUCAGUUAUCGUACACGAGAAGAAGUUCAGAAUUUAAGCAGUAAGAGCCAUCCUAUCAUGCUUCUCAAAGAUAAAAUGGUAAACAACAAACUUGCCAGUAUUGAAGAAUUGAAGGAAAUUGAUGUUGAAGUGAGGAAAGAAAUUGAUGCUGCUGCUCAGUUUGCUAUAACCGAUCCUGAACCACCUUUGGAAGAAUUAAGCCAUCACAUCUACAGCACUAAUCCACCUUUUGAAAUUCGUGAUGCAAAUCAGUGGAUCAGGUUUAAGUCAGUCAGUUAA